UUGGGUAUUUCACCACGAACUGUACGAACUGUCAUUGAUGCUAAAAAACUCAAUGACGGUGUUAUUCCUGAAGACCAACGAGGCAAACACGGGAAGCAUUGCAAGGUGGACAGUGAAAUGAUAAAAGAAAAAAAACAUGAAUUCGAUGAAGAAGAUGACAUUCCUUUAUCGUUGUGGUCACGAAACCUAAAUUCAGAUUCUUUAGCAGCACCGGAAAUGUGGGAAGAAUAUGUUGACAUCGAUAGCGCUCUCCUCACAUUCGAAGAACAUACCGAUGAAAAUAUCGUACAGAACAUUAGUGCUAUUAACAACUCGAAAGUGAUGGGGAUGAGGAAGUCGAGGAAGCACCAUUAA